AACGAAGCGCGCGAUGACACAGCGCCUCUCCUUCGCGCACGCACGCGCCUGGGAGUUACGCGCAGCCUGAGAGAAGCUCCGCUCGCGAGCAUCAUCCUCACGGACGCGCAGCUGGAGCUAAGCGCGCGCGUCUCAUUCUCGCUCUCAGCCCGUCAGAAAAGCGCCCGCAUGUCACCAUGAUCCUCUUCUCCUCGCGCAGUGUGCUGCUGUCUGUCUAUUACCCGCAGAUCUUCCUCAUCCUCACCAGCGGGAGCUACCUGGCUCUUUCCUCUGUGGUGGCCCUUGGUGCAAACAUCAUCUGCAAUAAGAUCCCGGGUCUCGCCCCCCGCCAGCGAGCCAUCUGCCAGAGCCGGCCGGACGCCAUCAUCGUGAUCGGAGAGGGGGCACAGCUGGGCAUCAACGAAUGCCAGUAUCAGUUCAGAUUCGGCCGCUGGAACUGCUCGGCGCUCGGCGAACGCACCGUCUUCGGACAGGAGCUGCGAGUAGGCAGCAGGGAGGCGGCAUUCACCUACGCCAUCACCGCCGCUGGGGUCGCCCACGCAGUGACCGCAGCAUGCAGCCAGGGCAAUAUGAGCCAGUGCGGCUGCGACAGGGAGAAACAGGGCUACUACAACCAGGAGGAGGGCUGGAAAUGGGGCGGAUGCUCAGCGGACAUUAAAUACGGCAUCGAGUUUUCCCGGAAGUUUGUGGACGCCCGGGAGAUUAAAAAAAACGCCCGACGGCUGAUGAACCUUCAUAACAACGAAGCUGGCCGAAAGGUCCUGGAAGAGCGGAUGAAGCUGGAAUGCAAGUGUCACGGCGUCUCGGGCUCCUGCACCACCAAAACCUGCUGGACCACGUUACCCAAGUUCCGCGAGAUCGGCUACGUCCUGAAGGACAAGUACAACAAAGCGGUGCACGUGGAGGUGGUCCGCGCCUCUCGCCUGCGACAGCCCACCUUCCUCAAAGUGAAGAAGACACACGGUUAUCAAAAGCCUUUAGAAACAGACUUGGUCUACAUCGAGCGCUCGCCCAACUACUGCGAAGAGGACGCCAAAACGGGCAGCGUUGGGACGCAGGGGCGGCUGUGCAACCGGACAUCGCCGCACACGGACGGUUGUGACCUCAUGUGCUGUGGGCGGGGCUACAACACGCAUCAGUACACCAAAGUGUGGCAAUGCAACUGUAAAUUCCAGUGGUGCUGUUUUGUGAAAUGCAACACCUGUAGCGAGAGGACGGAGGUGUUCACCUGCAAAUGAAUCGGUUGCACAGCAGAAUCUAUAUUUGCUUUAAGAGUUGAAAUACGAGCCCAGAGGUACGUGCACUGACUCGCGCUAAAGGACUGCAGGAUGCUCGCCGAGCAUGCUGGGAUUUGUAGUUUGGGACUCGGCGUCAUCUCAUAACGCCAACGAGGAACUCGUCCAAGGAGCUCAACGCAAAUCGAGGAUUUUUAUUUGUAAUGCCAACUGGAAUCUGUUAGAGUAUGUUAGCUAUCCAGUCACACUGGGUCUGUCUGUUUGAACACUGAAAAUAAAUUAUUAUAUAUUAUAAGUCAUAGUCUCCUAAGGAACCGAAGCGCUAACGGGUAGAAAUGUGUUUAUUUUGUACGAAGUGUAAAC